AUGUCGGGUGCAGGACCAUCACCAUCACAGCAACAAAAGCAACAGCAACCACGACGCUCAGGAGGAAAUGCGAUCCUAGUCAAUUACGCACGGCAAAAAGAGAACCCUGUUUUACGACUUGUACACAAUGUGCCAUGGGAGCCUAGCGAUGUCAUUCGAUGCGAUUUCGCGGUGGGUCAAACGACAGGUGUUUUAUAUCUUAGCUUGAGAUACCAUCGACUCAACCCAGGGUACAUUUAUGAUCGAAUGUCGAGUAUGGCAAGGAUGUAUGUGCUGCGGAUCUUGCUUGUAUUGGUUGAUAUCGACAAUUACCAUGAUGCUUUACGGGAACUUAAUCGAUCAGCUAUUCUCAACAACUACACCAUGGUGUUGGCAUGGUCCAAAGAAGAAGCAGCAAGAUACCUUGAGACGUACAAAGCCUUUGAGAACAAGUCACCAGAUCUGAUUCGAGAACGCCCUGUUGAUGACUUUUAUGCACAAAUGACGGAUGCUUUGACGCAUGUACGCAGUGUGAACAAGACCGAUGUUCUUACUUUGCUAUCAUCUUUUGGCUCGUUGCACGGGAUCGCAAGCGCAAGCACAGACCAACUCGCCAUGUGCCCUGGAUUUGGAGAGCAAAAAGUGAAACGAUUACAACAAGCAUUAUCACAGCCUUUUAUUGUCAAUCCAAAGAAGAAAAAAUAA